ACCUGACACACAGAUCUGCUGGACUUUUUGUGUGUUUGCACAGUAUAAUCACAGUCACGUGUCAGGUAUGAAAGUGAGAUACACUUUACGCUUUGUGUUCUUCUUUUCUAGAGUAUUGAAGAGGGAACGCUGAAUAUGUUGGACCACACAGACUUCCAGGACACAGACAUUCCCUUUGAGGUCCCGCUUCCAUCAAAGCUCCAUGUCACUGUAAGGAUUUCUCUCUGAAACACAGACCUGAAAUCUUCCGUAUCUCAAAAGCUAAAUAAAGCAUGGAUUGCGAGAGCCGUGUGUGUCAGGUGGACAAAACGGAGGAGGUCAGUGACUGGCUUCUGACUGUUUCCGUGGAGCAGCGGUUAGAACCGGUUUUACCCAGAGAUGAGAGAGGAACGUACGAGGCCUCGCUGCUCGCCGCUAACACCAGCGUCCGCUCGUUACCCUGCGUCAUUACAGGUUACCCUGUUCUCCAUGAUGGAAUGGAGUUCAAAAGACCGGGCAUGGCAGCUAACAAGGACGACUGGAAUAAAUUCCUCAUGGCUACCAAGACCACUCACAGUCCCGAGUGCCAGGACGUCCUGAACUUUAUAUCACGCUGGUGUGGUGGACAAGGUUCCGUAGUUACAGCCUACCAGCUGUUUCCUCUUAUUGGAAGGUGAAUCCAGCAGAU